AUGAAGGAGAAGUCCAAGAACGCCGCCAAGACGCGCCGCGAGAAGGAGAACGGCGAGUUCUACGAGCUAGCCAAGCUACUGCCUCUGCCGUCGGCGAUCACGUCGCAGCUCGACAAGGCGUCCAUCAUCCGCCUCACCACCAGCUACCUCAAGAUGAGAGCCGUCUUCCCCGAAGGUCUGGGAGACGCCUGGGGCCAGCCGAGCAGAUUAGGCCCCUUGGAUAAUGUCGCGAAGGAGCUGGGCUCGCAUUUGCUUCAGACUCUGGAUGGGUUUGUUUUUGUGGUAGCAUCUGAUGGCAAAAUAAUGUAUAUCUCAGAAACUGCUUCUGUUCAUCUAGGUUUAUCACAGGUGGAACUCACCGGUAAUAGCAUUUAUGAGUAUAUACAUCCAUCAGACCAUGAUGAAAUGACAGCAGUUCUAACAGCUCACCAGCCUCUUCAUCCUCAUCUCUUACAAGAGUAUGAAAUAGAGAGAUCUUUUUUUCUGCGAAUGAAGUGUGUUUUGGCCAAACGGAAUGCAGGACUAACAUGUAGUGGUUACAAGGUGAUCCAUUGCAGUGGCUAUUUGAAGAUACGUCAGUACAUGUUGGAUAUGUCUUUGUAUGAUACCUGUUACCAAAUUGUGGGGCUGGUUGCUGUAGGUCAAUCAUUACCUCCGAGUGCAAUCACUGAGAUCAAACUCCAUAGUAACAUGUUUAUGUUCAGAGCAAGCCUAGAUCUAAAACUGAUAUUUCUAGAUUCAAGAGUGACUGAAUUAACUGGAUAUGAGCCACAGGACCUGAUAGAGAAAACUCUCUACCACCAUGUGCAUGGAUGUGAUGUAUUUCAUUUACGAUAUGCUCACCAUCUCUUGUUGGUGAAAGGACAAGUCACAACCAAGUACUAUCGGUUGCUGUCAAAGAACAGUGGCUGGGUUUGGGUCCAGAGCUAUGCCACCAUUGUACACAACAGCCGCUCAUCACGACCUCACUGCAUAGUGAGUGUUAAUUAUGUCCUAACAGAUAUAGAAUAUAAGGAACUCCCAUUAUCAUUGGACCAGGUCACCAUUUCUAAAUCACAGUUUUCAUGCAGAAACUCAGCGUCUACCUCACAAGAAACAAGAAAAGCAACAAAACCUAGAAGUAAUAAAAUGAAGACAAAACUCAGAACAACGCCGUAUCCACAACAGCAAUACAGCUCCUUCCAGACAGACAAACUGGAAUGUGGCCAGGUUGGAAGCUGGAGAUCCAACUCCACAGCAAAUUCUGCCACCAUCCAAGAACAAGCCUUCCAUUCAGAAAACAGCGAACUUUUAUACACCCCAUCGUACAGCUUACCUUUCUCUUACCAUUAUGGACACUUCCCUGUAGACCCUCAUGUAUUCAGUAGCAAAAAACAAAUGCUGCCUUCUAAAUUUGGGCAAUCUCAAGGAACACCUUGCGAAGUAGCUCGAUUUUUCUUAAGUACUUUGCAGACAAGUGGAGAGUGCCAGUGGCACUAUGCCAAUUCUCUGGUUCCAGGAGGCAGUCAGUCACCAUCGAAAAGUCCUUCUGAUCAGUCAGCAAGCAGUGCACGCCAUAAUCUCUUACAGAGUUAUGAAGUGCCACUACCAAACAGAAGAUACAGCCAAGACAGUACAUCUGACAGCUUUGCAAGCUGUGCCACCCUAGCAGCAAAUAGCAGAUACAAAGAAGAGAGCUAUGAUUCCACCAUUAUAAAGCACAGCAACAAAAUGGAAAGUCGAAUAUAUCCAACACAUCAUCAUCUCAUUAAAGAAGAAAAUAAGCUAGUUUUCAAUAGAGGUGUACAAGAAAAAAACAACUUAAGUGAAAAGCCCUUUUCGAACUCCUUAGCCAACUCCUUUUUGUCAAAAUCUGAAUGUUUGCAAACUAAAUCUAUUGGACAAUUAAAUCACCUUCUCCCAGUUCCAACAGUAUAUGAACAAACAAGAAGAAUUUGUAUGAAAGAACCAAAAUUUGAGCACAUUGCCCAUCAUGCUGCAAAUCUAGGUGAGCUGGAACCUGAUGACAGAAUGACAGGGAAGUUUGAUCAUGACUCUGAAAACGAUCACACUGUGGAUGUUAGGCAUGCAGGGCAAGUUCCAUUUGUACUUCUCAACUACCACCGGGUUUUAGCCAAACAUGGCACAUUUCAAACUUCUUCGUGUACUGCCACAGGACAUGUAGCAGAGAAUUAUGGACACAGUUCUGAGGAAGUAAAUAUGUUUUACAAAAACCAAAGUCCUUCAUCAGCCUCUUCCCCUGAGGCUCACAAGGAGCCUGCACUUCCCCAUUAUAUUGGAACGUCUGUAAUAAUAGCCAAUGGAAGGUGACAGUAAUAGAAAGCUGUGGCUUAUAAAAUAAAUAAAUAAACAAACUGGAAUAGUUCCCCUAAAGCAUGAGGAUACAUGGUUGCACUUAGUGAGCAUGGUUUAAAAUCAGUGGGACAAACUUGCAUGCAUUCUUUGCAAGCCAUGUGUAACAGUACCUUUAAGGUCAAGAAAACAAAUUAGCUUCAGUGCUUUGUUCCAGAUUAAUCUCUGCAGUUGACUCUGCUAGUAAGAAGCCAUGUAACAGAUCAUAUUUUUUGUUAUUUUUACAGUAUAUAAGUUAAAUUAUAAGAGUUUAUGUGCUGAUACAUAGAGUGACUUUGUUUUCUUAAAAAAUACAAUCCCUGAAUUAUUUGAAAGUUAUAGAUAACCUAACAAACGAACAGUCUGGUAGGAGACAGUAAUUACCAGUUAUUUGUGACAGUCUGUGUUUAACUUCCUUCAAAUGCAUUACCUUGGGGACCUGCAUUUAGGAUUUCAAUCCCUGAAAUUAAACCAUUAUUAUUUUUUAUUCAUGUGGCUUGGAUAUAUAUUACCCAAGGCAGUAUGGAAUUGCCAGGCUGCAUGGCUACUAUGCAUUUUUAGAAAAGGAAAAUCUACUUGCCCAAUAAGCUUGGAGAUAACUACCAAAGAGCUGAUGAUUGUUACACUGUAAGGGGGGUGGGGAAUCAAAGCAUCUAUUUGAAAAAGAAAGACAAAGGUUUUUGCUGUUUCAAAUACAUUUUCCAUUUAGAAUAUAUCCAAAACUGUAUUUGUUGCCAGCCAAAGAGGAGUGAAGUUGCAUUCUCUUCAUUUUCCUCUGUCAAUGAGACUUCAAAUCUUUUCUGUUUAGUGGGUUUACAUUUUUAGCCCAGCCAGUUUUAGCAAUUUUUAUGGUUAAGAUAUGAUAAAAUAUAUUCACCAACUGCACUAAUGAUUAGAUGAGAAUUCUCAGGCACUUACAUUUUAUUUAGUAUUUUUCGUAGAGCACAUAGUAUAUUCAUCUUUGACUUUGUAAUGUUUAAUCUGGAAGGUGAGGCAACCCAAGUAUCCAGUUAAAUAGGGGAAGCUCUUGUGUACAUGUGGUGGGUGUGUAUACACAUGAAGGUUUUUUUUUGCACACUAGGAGUUACUAGAAUGUGGUUGUCAUUUCAACAUAACUAAUAAACCAUUUAUCAUCUUACUCAGUAACAGAACAGAAUGCACCCUAAUAUGUAAAAAGCUUAUGUAUAAAAAUGGUUGGCAUUAAAGAACAUUAACACUGGAGUCAGACGUAUAUUUUAAUUUGACUAGCUUUUCUUAGCUUUGCUAAACUCUGAGCUACAUCAAAAACUUCUAAAAGUUUUCAUUAGAAGCAUGGAAGAACUUCUGUGCCUGCAGGAAGCGAAUAACAGUUUUGCCGUUGUUUUGAGUAUAGACAGAACCAAUUUAAGAAUAUUUCUCCCAAGAAAUAAUAUAUAAUUUAACUUGUGCAAUAUGGAAAACAACUUUGAUUGCACCUUUUAAAAUAUCAACUAAGUUGAAAGGUAAUGAAGACAUUUUCUUAAACUAUUUUUCUGCAUUUAGACACAGCAAUACAAUCCAUUUCCUUGUCUAAUUUUAUAAAACUAUUUGUUACUGUAAGGAAAUAAGCUUUUUAAAAGUGAUCAGUUGUGCUCAGUAUUGCCCUAUUUAAAAUUAACCAUUGUGAGCAUGCACAUUUUUAAGUAGUGCCAAAGCAGUGUACAUUAGAAUUCAGACUUAACCUGUGCCUUGAGUUGAAGCCAAUAGUUCCCAAAGUGUAAAAGUAGGCUUCUCCCACAGGUGCUCGGCACCUUGCCUUCAGCCCAUUGUUCACCAUGACUAAUAUGUUCCAUCUCUGGUGCUUUAUGGGGUACUGGGUUAUCCCUCUUUCUUUGUUUGUUUGAAUGGCCUUGUUCAUUCUUGUGCUUGAUCUUUCAGCCUGAGAAAAAAGUGUGCGCUUCCAGGUGAAUUGGCUACUAUUCUUUAGUCAUAGUUACAUUUGGAUAAAUGCUUAGGCUCAGAAUUGCAUUAUUUUGAAUGGUUUUUUAAGAUAAAGGGAACUUCACAUUUACAG